GAUCUCAGCAGAAAAAUCAGCCAGGAGCUUCUACUCACCAGGAGACCUGAUUUCAGUUUUUCAAAGAAAUCUAUUUUUACCCAUCUUUAAAGUUCCGUCAUAACAUUGCAUUUUCUUCUCACAAUCCAGUGUAGAGAACCAGCCAGAACAGACGUAUAAUGGAGGUCAACUUUAACCAAAGCACCUUUACCUUCAUAAACGCCUCUGCAGCUUCCUCAGAUGUGUCUGAAAUCAUGGAUAAGGCCAUUAGCUUGGCCACUGUAGUCGUCCUCUUCAUCACCAUGGUUUCCCUGGGCUGCACUAUGGAGAUCUCUAAGAUAAAGGCCCAUAUCUGUAAACCCAAAGGAGUGGCCAUCGCUGUGGUGGCUCAGUAUGGCAUUAUGCCCCUCACAGCCUUCUCUCUGGCCAAGCUGCUUCAGCUGGGCCCCAUGGAGGCUGUGGCAGUGCUGGUGUGUGGCUGUUGUCCGGGGGGAAACCUCUCCAACAUCCUGGCCCUUGCACUCAAGGGAGACAUGAACCUCAGUAUUGUGAUGACCACCUGCUCUACUGUGUUGGCGCUCGGCAUGAUGCCCCUACUCCUCUACCUUUACUGCCGGGGCUUCUCCGGUCUGGAGGCCGCUGUGCCCUACACCGGCAUCACCAUCAGCUUGGUCAUGACCCUGCUGCCCUGCGCCAUCGGCAUCUUCAUCAACUACAAAGCACCGCAGCACGCCAAAAUCAUCACCAAGGUUGGGAUGGGUAUACUGCUGUUGGCUUUUACUGCCAUUGGUAUUCUGGCCAGCAUUACACUAGGCAGUACCAUCCUCAUGGUGACGUCACCUCCACUCAUGAUCACAGCAGCACUGAUGCCACUGAUCGGAUACGUACUCGGAUACGUUCUGUCUGUUCUCUUCAAGCUUAACGAGCCUUCUAGGAGGACUGUUGCCAUGGAAACAGGUUGCCAGAACCUCCAACUGUGUUCCACCAUCCUAAAGGUGGCUUUUCCGCCUGAGGUCAUCGGGCCGUUCUACCUCUUUCCCUUCGUCUACAUCGUCUUCCAAGUGUCCGAGGCGUUGGUCUUCAUCAUCAUCUUCAGAUGCCAUGAGAGGCUGAAAUCUUCAAAGGAAAAAGUGCUGUAUCACCAGGGCCUCCAAGACCUUGAGUAA